GGUUAACCGGUCUCUAGCAUAUUGUGAGAUGUAGGGUCCUACGGAUUGAACUUAGAUAGGACUGGUGUGAAGACCAUGUUGGCUCUUUUUCUCUGUUUUGUUUCUUUGCAGUGGCACUAUUCUGUCUGCCUUCUUUUUUGUUGUUUCUUUUUUUUCUUCUCCAAUUUUUUUUUUCUUCAUGUCUUUUUUUUUAGUUACUUUUUUUUUUUUUUUACUUUUGUGGAUAUCAUCUCGUUCUCCAUUUUGGCGCCCGGGGAAGAAAAGCAGACUACUGUACGUGCUAACCUAGGACACAGUAGUAGAUUGUAGAUAGUAGUGAGUACUGAUAGUAGUUCAUCAGCUGUGGAUGGAGUAACGCCACUCCAAUCAAGUAGGAAAGGGUCGUGGCAUUAAGCCCACCCGGGCGGAGGGGAUGCAACCCAGCCUCUCUUUUCCAAUUUUCCCGGGACAGAGAGGGAAGA